CUUAUAUCGACUGCCUCAGGUGACAGGUGAAAGUGAAACUAUUAGACUCCAUUUUGCGAUUACGUGGAAAAGUACGUGAGAGGAAAAAUAAAACCAUAAGAAGAACUAAAAAGAAGAUUUCUGAAUGAUUUUGACACAGUUUCUCUUCAGGUAUAAAAUCAACAUUUGAUCUGCUGUCAUGAGCUCCAGAAAGAGUCUCUCUGGAGAAAGUGACACAAACACAAUGAACAGUUUGACUCAUGAAUCUCCUAAACCCAGCUGUGUGUCUAUGAAGAGUGAUGAAUCAAUGGGUAAACCACUUAACUUCAGUUCAGGAGACUGUGAUGAUACAGAUGUGAGUAACACAACAGAUGUAUCAAACUCAAUCAAAGGGAAGCAAAUGGAUUAUGUUUUCGAGGAGCUUGAGCACAAACUCAUCUCUCUGAUGAAGAAAGAGCUGAAGAUCUUCAAGAGUCUACUGAGUACAGAUUACCCAUCAUGCUCUGAGAGAGAAGAGGAGGAUGAUGAAGAUCAGAUCAGAGUCAGAGAGAUGUUUCUGAAGAUCACACUGAACGUCCUGAAGAAGAUGAAGCAGACAGACCUCGCUAACAAACUACAGACCAGACUUGGCCCUUUGUGCCUGAAGAAACACAAAUCCAGACUUAAAGAGAAAUUUCAGAGAAUGAAUGAAGGAAUCUCUGCUCAAGGAAGCUCAACACUUGUGAAUGAGAUCUACACAGAGCUGUACAUCACAGAGGGAGGGAGUGAAGACAUCAAUAAUGAACAUGAGGUGAGACAGAUUGAGACAGCAUCCAGAAGAUCAGAGACACAAGAAACACAAAUCAAAUGUAAUGACAUCUUUAAAGUCUCACCUGAACAAAACAAACCCAUCAGAAGUGUGCUGACUAAAGGAGUCGCUGGAAUUGGAAAAACAGUCUCUGUGCAGAAGUUCAUUCUGGACUGGACUGAAGAAAAAACAAAUCAAGAUCUUCACUUCAUAUUUCCACUUCCUUUCAGAGAACUGAAUCUGAUCACAGAGAAAAAUAUCAGUCUGAUGGAUCUUCUUCAUCAGUUCUUCACAGAUACAAAAGAACUGAGAUCAACAGACUUUGAUGAUUAUAAAGUUGUGUUUAUCUUUGAUGGUCUGGAUGAGUGUCGUCUUCCUCUAGAUUUCUCAAAGAAUCUGAGUUUGUUUGAUGUCAGAGAAUCAGCGUCAGUGGAUGUGCUGCUGACAAACCUCAUCAAGGGGAAUCUGCUUCCUUCUGCUCUGAUCUGGAUCACCUCUCGACCAGCAGCAGCCAAUCAGAUUCCUCCUGAGUAUGUUGAUCUGAUCACAGAUGUACGAGGAUUCAAUGACCCUCAGAAGGACGAGUAUUUCAGGAAGAGAAUCAAUGAUGAGAGUCUGGCCAACAGAAUCAUCACACACAUGAAAUCAUCCAGAAGUCUGUACAUCAUGUGUCACAUCCCAGUCUUCUGCUGGAUUUCAGCCACUGUUCUCCAGAGAAUGUUGAGUGAAGCAGAGAGUCAAGCACAGAUCCCCAAGACUCUCACUCAAAUGUUCACACACUUCCUGAUGUUUCAGAUCAAACUGAAGAGUCAGAAGUUUGAUGGGAAAUGUGAGGUAGAUCUUCAGCAGGCUAGAAAGAGUCUUGAGUCACUGGGAAAACUGGCUUUUCAACAGCUGGAGAAAGGGAACCUGAUCUUCUAUGAGGAGGAUCUGAGAGAGUGUGACAUUGAUGUCAGAGAAGCGUCAGUGUACUCAGGAGUUUGUACUCAGAUCUUCAGAGAGGAGUUUGGACUGAACCUGGGGAAGGUGUUCAGCUUUGUGCAUCUGAGCGUUCAGGAGUUUCUCGCUGCUUUAUUCAAGUUUCUGUCAAUCCUUCAGCAAACAUCAGGAAUCUUCAGCAGAUUGAGAUCAAAUAUGAGUGAUUUACUGAAGAGUGAAGUGAACAAGGCCUUACAGAGUGAGAACGGACACCUGGAUCUUUACCUCAGAUUUCUUCUGGGUCUUUCAGUGGAGUCCAAUCAGACAAUCUUACAAGUUCUGAUGAGACAGACAGGAAGAAGCUCUGACAGUAAACAGGAAAUAGUCGAGUACAUUAAGAAGAAGAUCAGAGAGAAUCUCUCUCCAGAGAAAUCCAUCAAUCUGUUUCACUGUCUGAAUGAACUCAAUGAUCAUUCUCUAGUGCAGGAAGUACAAACAUAUGUGAACAGAGGAGAUGAGUCUAGUCUUACUGGAGUCCUUAUCUCUCCUGCUCAGUGGUCGGCUCUGGUGUUUGUGUUACUGAAUUCAGAAGAGAAGCUGGAUGAGUUUAAUCUGAGGAAAUAUGAUCCAUCAGAUGAAUGUCUUCUGAGGCUUCUGCCAGUGAUCAAAGCAUCCAGAACAGCUGAUCUGAGUCGCUGUAAUCUGACAGAGAAAAGUUGUUCAUCACUGGCGUCAGUUCUCACAUCAAACUCCUCAAGUCUGACAGAACUGAACCUGAGUCUCAAUAAACUGAAGGAUUCAGGAGUGAAGCUGCUCUCUGAUGGACUGAAGAAUACAAACUGUAAACUGAAGACACUAAAUCUGUAUAACUGCAGUAUUGGAUCUGAAGGUUGUGUUGCUCUGACUUCAGCUCUGAGAUCAAACCCCUCACAUCUGACACAACUGGAUCUGAACUAUAAUAAUCCAGAAGAUUCAGGAGUGAAGCUGCUCUCUGAUCUACUGAAAGAUCCACACUGUCAUCUACAGACACUACUUCUAAGUCUCUGUAAUCUGACAGAGAAAAGUUGUUCAUCACUGGCGUCAGUUCUCAGAUCAAACUCCUCAAAUCUGACAGAACUGAACCUAAGUGAGAAUAAACUGAAGGAUUCAGGAGUGAAGCUGCUCUCUGAUGGACUGAAGAAUACAAACUGUAAACUGAAGACACUAAAUCUGUCUAGUUGCAGUAUUGGAUCUGAAGGUUGUGUUGCUCUGACUUCAGCUCUGACAUCAAACCCCUCACAUCUGACACAACUGGAUCUGAGCAGAAAUAAUCCAGAAGAUUCAGGAGUGAAGCUGCUCUCUGAUCUACUGAAGGAUCCACACUGUCAACUACAGACACUACUUCUGAGUCUCUGUAAUCUGACAGAGAAAAGUUGUUCAUCACUGGCGUCAGUUCUCAGAUCAAACUCCUCAAGUCUAACAGAACUGAACCUGAGUCACAAUAAACUGAAGGAUUCAGGAGUGAAGCUGCUCUCUGAUGGACUGAAGAAUACAAACUGUAAACUGAAGACAUUAAAUCUGUCUGGUUGCAGUAUUGGAUCUGAAGGUUGUGUUGCUCUGACUUCAGCUCUGAGAUCAAACCCCUCACAUCUGACACAACUGGAUCUGAGUUAUAAUAAUCCAGAAGUUUCUGGAGUGAAGCUGCUCUCUGAUCUACUGAAGGAUCCACACUGUCAACUACAGACACUACUGUUAGUGGUGUCACUCAUUUGUGUAGGAGAUGGAUUGUCAGCUUCAGUUACAGGAUCUGUUGAUUUAAGAGCGUCUGUGUCUCUGGGACUCCCGAUCAUCUCCACACUGUUACAGAUGAGAGGAGAGCUGAUGUCUGAUGAUCUGUCUCCACUUUUCUCAGCUGGAGGCUGCAGGCCCGAUACAGACAGAGGAUCUGCUGUCAUGAGCUCCAGAAAGAGUCUCUCUGGAGAAAGUGACACAAACGAAACGAACAGUUUAACUCGUGGAGAAUCUCCUAAACCCAGCUGUGUGUCUAUGAAGAGUGAUCGAUCUAAAGAUCUUCCACUUAACUUCAGUUCAGGUGACUGUGAGGAUACAGAUGUAAGUUUGACUCGUGGAGAAUCUCCUAAACCCAGCUGUGUGUCUAUGAAGAGUGAUGAUUCAAUGGGUUUUCCACUUAACUUCAGUUCAGGAGACUGUGAUGUGAGUUACACAACAGAUGAAUCAAAGGCUAUUAAAUGGAAGCAAAUCGAUAAUAUUUUCAAGGAGCUUGAGCUCAAACUCAUCUCUCUGAUGAAGAAAGAGCUGAAGAUCUUCAAGAGUCUACUGAGUCCAGAUUACCCAUCAUGCUCUGAGAGAGAAGAGGAGGAUGAUGAAGAUCAGAUCAGAGUCAGAGAGAUGUUUCUUAAGAUCACACUGAACGUCCUGAAGAAGAUGAAGCAGACAGACCUCGCUAACAAAAUACAGACCAAACUUGGCCCUUUGUGCAUGAAGAAACACAAAUCCAGACUUAAAGAGAAAUUUCAGAGAAUGAAUGAAGGAAUCUCUGCUCAAGGAAGCUCAACACUUGUGAAUGAGAUCUACACAGAGCUGUACAUCACAGAGGGAGGGAGUGAAGACAUCAAUAAUGAACAUGAGGUGAGACAGAUUGAGACAGCAUCCAGAAGAUCAGAGACACAAGAAACACAAAUCAAAUGUAAUGACAUCUUUAAAGUCUCACCUGAACAAAACAAACCCAUCAGAAGUGUGCUGACUAAAGGAGUCGCUGGAAUUGGAAAAACAGUCUCUGUGCAGAAGUUCAUUCUGGACUGGACUGAAGAAAAAACAAAUCAAGAUCUUCACUCUAUAUUUCCACUUCCUUUCAGAGAACUGAAUCUGAUCACAGAGAAAAAUAUCAGUCUGAUGGAUCUUCUUCAUCAGUUCUUCACAGAUACAAAAGAACUGAGAUCAACAGACUUUGAUGAUUAUAAAGUUGUGUUUAUCUUUGAUGGUCUGGAUGAGUGUCGUCUUCCUCUAGAUUUCUCAAAGAAUCCGAGUUUGUUUGAUGUCAGAGAUUCAGCGUCAGUGGAUGUGCUGCUGACAAACCUCAUCAAGGGGAAUCUGCUUCCUUCUGCUCUGAUCUGGAUCACCUCUCGACCAGCAGCAGCCAAUCAGAUUCCUCCUGAGUGUGUUGAUCUGAUCACAGAUGUACGAGGAUUCAAUGACCCUCAGAAGGACGAGUAUUUCAGGAAGAGAAUCAAUGAUGAGAGUCUGGCCAACAGAAUCAUCACACACAUGAAAUCAUCCAGAAGUCUGUACAUCAUGUGUCACAUCCCAGUCUUCUGCUGGAUUUCAGCCACUGUUCUCCAGAGAAUGUUGAGUGAAGCAGAGAGUCAAGCACAGAUCCCCAAGACUCUCACUCAAAUGUUCACACACUUCCUGAUGUUUCAGAUCAAACUGAAGAGUCAGAAGUAUGAUGGGAAAUGUGAGGUAGAUCUUCAGCAGGCUAGAAAGAGUCUUGAGUCACUGGGAAAACUGGCUUUUCAACAGCUGGAGAAAGGGAACCUGAUCUUCUAUGAGGAGGAUCUGAGAGAGUGUGACAUUGAUGUCAGAGAAGCGUCAGUGUACUCAGGAGUUUGUACUCAGAUCUUCAGAGAGGAGUUUGGACUGAACCUGGGGAAGGUGUUCAGCUUUGUGCAUCUGAGCGUUCAGGAGUUUCUCGCUGCUUUAUUCAAGUUUCUGUCAUUUCUUCAGCAAACAUCAGGAAUCUUCAGCAGAUUGAGAACAAAUAUGAGUGAUUUACUGAAGAGUGAAGUGAACAAGGCCUUACAGAGUGAGAACGGACACCUGGAUCUCUACCUCAGAUUUCUUCUGGGUCUUUCACUGGAGUCCAGUCAGACAAUCUUACGAGAUCUGAUGAGACAGACAGGAAGAAGCUCUGACAGUAAACAGGAAAUAGUCGAGUACAUUAAGAAGAAGAUCAGAAAGAAUCUCUCUCCAGAGAAAUCCAUCAAUCUGUUUCAGUGUCUGAAUGAACUCAAUGAUCAUUCUCUAGUGCAGGAAGUUCAAACAUAUGUGAACAGAAGACAUGAGUCUAGUCUUACUGGAGUCCGUCUCUCUCCUGCUCAGUGGUCGGCUCUGGUGUUUGUGUUACUGAAUUCAGAAGAGAAGCUGGAUGAGUUUAAUCUGAGGAAAUAUGAUCCGUCAGAUGAAUGUCUUCUGAGGCUUCUGCCAGUGAUCAAAGCAUCCAGAACAGCUGAUCUAAGUCUCUGUAAUCUGACAGAGGAAAGUUGUUCAUCACUGGCGUCAGUUCUCAGAUCAAACUCCUCAAAUCUGACAGAACUGAACCUGAGUCUCAAUAAACUGAAGGAUUCAGGAGUGAAGCUGCUCUCUGAUGGAUUGAAGAAUACAAACUGUAAACUGAAGACCCUAAAUCUGUAUGACUGCAGUAUUGGAUCUGAAGGUUGUGUUGCUCUGACUUCAGCUCUGAGAUCAAACCCCUCACAUCUGACACAACUGGAUCUGAGCUGUAAUAAUCCAGAAGAUUCAGGAGUGAAGCUGCUCUCUGAUCUACUGAAGGAUCCACACUGUCAACUACAGACACUACUUCUGAGUGUCUGUAAUCUGACAGAGGAAAGUUGUUCAUCACUGGCUUCAGUUCUCAGAUCAAACUCCUCAAGUCUGACAGAACUGAACCUGAGUGACAAUAAACUGAAGGAUUCAGGAGUGAAGCUGCUCUCUGAUGGACUGAAGAAUACAAACUGUAAACUGAAGAAACUAGAUCUGUCUAACUGCAGUAUUGGAUCUGAAGGUUGUGUUGCUCUGACUUCAGCUCUGAGAUCAAACCCCUCUCAUCUGACACAACUGGAUCUGAGAUAUAAUACUCCAGAAGAUUCAGCAGUGAAGAUGCUCUCUGAUCUACUGAAGGAUCCACACUGUCAACUACACAAACUACUGUUAUACUGAAUUAUUAAUCUGCUGUUAGAAAUCUAGAGACACAGAGAAGGUCGUAUGCCAGAAUCAUUUUCAGUGCUUGCUGAAAUGAAAUGUUUCUUUGUAAUCUAGCUUCACUACUUGUAUACAAAACAGAUAGGAAGCGGGUGAUCUAUAUAAGGAGUUGAUAUACAUUUGAUAUACAAUCACUACAAAUGACAAACUACUACAAAGUGCCUUCUGUACUAGAGCUGUUUACUGUCUCCAACUGGACAAACAACAGAAGUGACCCAGCAGAGCUCAACAUGACCAACAUGUGUAUAAAUAUCUACAUGAUUCAGCUGAAAAGUCAAAUGUUGUUUUGUAUGAAUAAAAGUAAUUCAAUUGGU